CAUAAAAAUGCCAUAAAACCACAUAAAAGUAACAUAAAUGAUGAUUAUCAUUAUGUAAUAAAAAUUAAAAUGUUUGGCUAUUUGAAUAAAAUUAUUAGUACGUGAUAUUCAUGUGUAAAAUAUGCUGUUGCGGCCAUGGCUCGCGCGCAGUCAGGGGUUGGGGCGACCCGCCGUAAAGUGUGCUUAUGGAAGAAUAGUUAAUAACGGGGGCAACCUUUGGUUCGCGCGGCGCUCCGCCACACAGCUCUCCCUGCCCCCCUCUGCCUCGUUCCUACAGAACGAUGAGAAGGCCACCGUGGUGCUACUGGGGACGGUGCACUUCAGCAAACAGUCUGUUGAAGAUGUGUCCGACAUAGUAAAAGUUCUGAACCCAAACGCAAUCCUUGUGGAGUUAUGCAGACAAAGAGUUUCGCUUUUGGAGCUCGACGAACAGAAGUUUUUAGAAGACGCCAAAAAGUUUGAUUUACAAAAAGCUCAAAAAGCGGUGAAGGGCCAGUCGUUUGUGUCGGGCAUGCUGCACGCGAUGCUAUUGAAGACGUAUGCGGACAUAUCCAAAGAGCUGGGCGUCGCGCCCGGCGGGGAGUUCCGCAGGGCUUAUCAGGAGAUGAAAAAAAUACCUGGCUGCAAACUCUUCCUUGGCGAUAGGCCGAUACAGACCACCAUAGCGCGAGCUUUCCAGUCCCUGUCGGUCUAUGAGCUGGGACAAGUGUUGUUUCAUUUGUCCAAGACCAGUCCGAAGCCUUUGAAAAAGGAGUCUCUCGAAAAGUACAAAGACAAAGACUUCGUGCAAGCGCAAUUCGAUGAAAUAACGAACGAAGUGCCGGCCUUCAAGAAGAUAUUCCACGUGUUCGUGGACGAGCGCGACCGCUGUCUGGCGUACUCCCUGCAAGAGUGUGUUAAAUCUGUGGAGAAUCCCCGGGUGCUCGGUGUAGUGGGAAUGGGGCACGUGGACGGCAUAAGCAGAUACUACGGCAAAAUGGAGGUUGAACAAAUUGCACCCUUGCUGUUCUCCAACGAGAAGACUCCACAAAACUAGAAGAAUCAAGAACUUUUGUUCGAAAUGCCCCAUCGUUGGCUGUACCAUUAGUUCCACAACCACCGGCAUACAAAUAUUACUUUUGGAAAGGCGUAAAGUUUUUGUUUAUAUUUUGGAUAUGCAGUGUAAUUUAUAGAAAACUGUUUUUAUAGUGAAAUGAUAAAUCAAUCAUAUAGUCA